UCGCCCGCCCAAAAUCGCCCCGCCGCCUGCCCAGAGGCGCGUCCGUCGGCGCCAUCCAGCCACCCAGAAGGCCGCCAUCGUCGGGGAGCCGCCCAGGAGCUCCAUCCCCGCCUCCCCUCCCCUCUGCCCAGAAGUCCGACGCGCGGACACGCCUAGGAGCUCGCCGCCGCCCAGGAGGCCGCGCCGUUCGUGAAUCGUGAGCAAGAUGAGCUCCUCCUCCGAUGAUGUGGAUGUGUAUCAGAGGCAGGGACAUGUGGAAGUGCUGAUGCCCGACAAUGUAGAAGGUGCCACAGGGUCAUCAGCUGCUGACACUGCUUCCUCAGCCGCUUCAGAUGGUAAAUCCAUAGCAGAGAAGGCCAUAGCUUUCCUGCCACGAGAGUUUGCAGAGAUGGCUCGAGAUCCUAAGAGGAAAGCAAAAUCUAAUGACCCAGGAUGGAAAUAUGGGUUCUGGUCAGAUACUCCUGUGAGGAAAGAGUUUAUACAAAUUUGUGGUGUUGACGGGUGCUAUAUACUAUGUACUAUAUAGUAUACAUAUCAUAUUGGUCCUUGUAUA